AUGUUCGGAAUCCAAUUCGAUGCAGCGGGCAUCUACCUCGUCGGCACCCCGACCGCUCAAUUCCAUCUCGCUUUCGAAGAGCUGAUCUCGUUCCCUGAAGGCAUCGCCGCCUUACUCGAGUACGGGGUCACCUGUAAAGUUCUUUCAGCAGUUAUAGGACGCAUGCGCCAUCGUGUCGGGCAGCAAGCAGCAACGCCUCCCGAAGCACACCCUCCGUUGUGGAUCGAUAGCUCCGGGCCGACGCUCUACGAAGUCUGUCAUGGAGAGAGGUCUAUCCUGGUCAGUAUACAGGAACUGGAAUCGUCUCGUCUCGGGAGGAUGAUCAAAAGCCAUUGGGACGGGAGCAGGGGGAGCAGAUACCUUUCACGAAUGAUUCUUGAGGCAUUGAUCAUUGGUAUGUGGGGGAAUUUUCUCCGGUGCGUGAAGUUCAGGAGGUCUCGGACUCGGAUCUGA